UCUGAGAAGGGUACAAAAAAGAAUGUUAAGAAUAUUGAUGUUCCUUUAGAGUUUACUAAAUUAUCGUGGUUUUUUGAUGGAAGAUAUAAAAAUAUUAAAUAUGAUUUGUCUUGUGUUAUUUUUCAUCAUGGAAAUCAAUUAAACUCUGGUCAGUCAUAUUAAAUUACACAGAAAUUUUGCUAUCAAGAUCGGGCUCCAUGAUUUUUCAGAAGUGUCAUUACACAGCAGCUACUCGAAAAUUUAUUAGUGGUGAAUGGCGUUUAUUUGAUGAUAAUGAAGUUAAAGUACUUUACCGAGAAUCUCAGAGAAAGAAAAUUUUCGGAUCGUCUAAUUCUUAUAUGCUUUUUUAUCAACGUGAUCGGUCUAAAGACAAUUAUCGGCAUCGAAAAGAUUCUUGGUUUCCUCAAGAUGUUCCAUAUGAAAUCAUUAAAAAAUACAAAAUAGAAGGAAUUUUUAAAAAUCAGAAAUAAUGACUGAAUUUGAAUGAUGAGAAUUGAAAUUAAAUUAUGAAAUCG